UCUACAGCAGUUACCCAGGCUUUUUACAUUCUAGGGAGAAAGGCAAACACUCGGAACGAGAAAGGUAAACACUCUUGACCAUAGUGGCAGUUCCCUUAAGGCGCCCCUCCUACCACGGGUACAGUGAAAGACAACUUUUACAAAACGGACAGUGGCGACGAGUGAAUAAAGAAUCCGCUACUCAAAGGAGCUUGAGGCGCGCGCAGGACCUGGUAGCAAAUUAUGAGCGUGGAGCGUGUUUUCGAUGAGCUUGGACAUUUCAAAAGGUUCCAAAUAUGUCUGUACUUUGCUGCUGUCUUCCAGGCUAUAGCCUGCGGAAUCCACUACCUGGCCUCUGUGUUUCUUGUGCAAAAGCCAAGCUUUGUCUGUGUGCCGCCCGGUAACAUCACCAAUGUUCUUUAUGGGAACAUUACAGGCACUUCCCUGGAGGAAGUGCUCCCAUUCUUCAAACCAACCAAUGGGCCCUUGGUAGUACAAACGGAGGGGGGCAGACAGUGGGAGCUUAGCGCCUGCCAGUUCGCCGAGCGGAUGAACCCCACAGACUUUACCCACGAGCUUCGAGUGAACAGCACAACGGAGAAGUGCCACUGGAACUCCCUGUACGUGUUCGACCACAGUGAGGUCUAUCAGAGCAUUGUGACGGACUGGGACCUGGUGUGUGACAGGGAAUGGCUGGCCAAGCUGUGUCAGCCCACCUUCAUGUUGGGGGUGCUGGUAGGAGCACUGGUGUUUGGAGACAUUGCUGACAGGGUUGGCAGGCGGAAGAUUUUAAUGUUGACCAGCCUGUGCCAGUUUGUGUUCGGUGUAAGUGUGGCAUUGGCAGGGAACUACUACCUAUUCAUGGUCCUUCGCUUCCUGCUUGCUAUGGUCUCCAGCGGUUACCUGGUGGUGGUGUUUGUGUAUGUGACGGAGUUCACUGGCAACAAGGUGCGCACGUGGACCUCCAUGCAUGUACAUGCUGCCUUCGCGGUGGGCAUCAUGAUUGUGGCGAUCACGGGUUAUCUGGUGCGCACCUGGUGGAUCUACCAGAUCAUCCUCUCCACAUGCACCCUGCCCUUCCUCCUCUUCUGCUGGAAGUUCCCCGAGACGCCCUUCUACUUGAUGGCCAAGGGCAGGCUACGGGAGACCCAGGUCCUGCUGGACUCCAUAGCACGCUUUAACGGUCUGGAGCCCGGUCACCUGAGGGCAGAGGACCUCCUGGAGAAAGGGGGGCCUCUUCUGGAGAAGGAGGUGGAGCUUGAGGGGAAGCUGAGCAUCCUCAACCUGUUUGCGACCUGGAGGAUGGCCUGGAGGACGAUGACUGUGUGGGCCGUGUGGUUCAUAGGCAGCCUGGGGUACUAUGUGUUCUCCUUGGGCUCAGUCAACCUGGGAGGCAACCAGUACAUCAACCUGUUCCUGGCUGGUGCUGUGGAGGUCCCCUCUUACCUGAUUGGCUGUUAUGCCAUGGACCGGCUGGGCAGGAAGAAGACAUGUGCCCCGGCUCUGCUUCUGGCUGGAACGGCCUGCAUGCUCAUCAUCCUGGUGCCAAACGACAUCGAAGUGCUAGCCAUCAUCCUCAAUAUGACAGGGAAGUUUGCUAUUGCGAUAGCCUUUGGCCUCAUCUAUCUGUACACCUGCGAGCUCUACCCAACUGUCAUCAGGUCGUUGGCGGUGGGCAGUGGUAGUAUGAUGUGUCGCGUGGGGAGCGUGGUGGCACCUUUCUGCGUCUACCUGGCUGACAUCUGGCAAUACAUGCCACAGUUGACUGUGGGUAUCCUGGCAUUUAUAAUAGGUGUUCUGACCCUGUGGUUACCUGAAACCCUGGGUGAGCCCUUGACCAGCACCAUGGAGGAAGCUGAGGCUCUAGGAAGGAAGAAGAUCCCUGAGGCCAAGAAAGACCUGGAGGAGGGGGUGGAGAUGAACUUGAAACAGAGCGGCUAGCAGUACAGCAAGCAAACUUCAUCACCAACCAGGGAGAAGGAGGGGGCCAGAGAUAGAGUGGGGGAAAGUGGAGGAGAGACAGAGAAGGUAGAUGAGAGAGAGAGGAAACAAAUGAACUACUGGAAAGACAUAAAGACUACAAAGAGUAGAAUUUAUUUGGUGAUCUAUUGUAGACGUUUUUGUUCUGCUAAGUGACCAAUUGCAGAGCUGGUAUGCUCCGGUUGAGCCAGGCAGCCUCUGGUUGCCUUGGCUGCAGCUGUUCAGACGGGAAAGGGUAUUGAAUGUUCUUCAUUCAUGAAAUCUUAAGUCUCCUAAUGAGCCGUUUGAACUAGGCGCCAUGAUCGACUUGAAUGUCACUUGUGUCUUCCCGUCACUGCAACCAAUGAAUUUACACCAAGAGAAUCUGAAGGGUUGUGUGUGUGUGUUUGAGAAAGUGUGCAGGUGCCCUUUCAAAAGUGUCUGUGCACAUGCGUAUGCGUUUUUACGUGUGAGACAUCUAGGGCAGAUGUUUUUACCGAUGUGUUCCAGAGAAUGUUAUUGUUAUGUUCAUCUGACACUCAAGCAUAGAAUAGUGCAUUAGGUAUUUUCUAGAAAUGCUAACGUACUACAAGUUCACAUGAUACUCAGUCUCAGGGAAUCCAUUAAAGGAUCUCACUGCGAUAAUAUUUGUAUUUUGUUCUUUAGAUAUGUAUAAUAUUGUUGUUCACAAUGCUUUUGAUAAUAUUUUUCGAUUACGGUGUGUGCGUGCUUUCCUGUGUGUGUAUGACUACAAAGAAUGAAACAGAGAUACAGAUAGAGAGAUGUUUCAAACAGACCUCGUUGACUUGUUGGUCUAAAAGUGAGAAGAAAGACAUUGCUGUAUUUUUUAUAAAUGAUAGAAUGGAUUUAA